GCUGGGCACGCAAUCGAUGUGAUUGGCUGGUAACGAAUCACAGCUCCCGGCCAGAGCCGAAACGAUCGAGAGAAAAUUUAAACGUAGUUUCUGCGGUACACAGCCUUCUCUUAGGUGCACUGAUGCUGAAAGACUAUGAACUUGCAGAACUUCUGGAGAGACUACAAAGUUCUGGUGGUUAUGGUACCUCUAGUCGGGCUCAUCCAUUUGGGGUGGCACAGAAUCAAAAGUAGCCCCGUUUUCCAAGUACCUAACAAGGACAACAUUCCUGAGCCAGACAGUCUGGCCCUUGCGAGUCUGCGGAAGGGCCCACCCCAAGGGAAAUAG